CGUCUCCUCAUCAUGUCAGACGGCAGCAGAACUGUGGACGACGUCAAAGCCCUCCAUCAGACCCUCGAAGGCUUCGAUUCACAGCUGACGUCCAAGUUUUAUGACACGUGGGCAGAGACAUACAACCAGGAUAUGAAGCUAAUGAACUACAGAUCACCAAAUCUGGCAGUCAAUAUCCUGGAUGCCAACUUCUCUGGGAAUCGUGAAGAGGCUCGCGUUUUGGACGUGGCCUGUGGGUCUGGACAGGUCGCUAAACUGAUGGUUGAACUGGGCUUCAGGGACUUUACUGGAGUGGACGGCAGUAAAGGCAUGCUGGAACUCGCUGCUAAGACAGGCCUCUAUCGGGAGCUCAAACUGGCCUUACUGGGACCAGAACAACUGCCUGCACAGACUGAUAUGUUUGAUGCAGUGAUCAUCGCCGGUGCGAUGGAUGUUGGGUUUGCACCGGUCAGUGUUGUCAGAGAGCUCUGCGCCGCCGCCAAACCAGGAGGUUUUAUCUGCAUUUCUAGAGGCGAUCACACAGCAACAUCAUCAAUCCAAUACAAGAAGGAACUGGAGAGAGAGCUGCAGCUGAUGGAGGACGAGGGACUGUGGACUCAAGUAGGAAUCAACGAGACGGACAAAUACAUGGAAAACCCACAUCUGAGCAUUGAGAGAGCUGAGGAGCUGCAGCAAAAGGGGCGAUACAUCAGCGGGAAGGUUUAUCUGUACAAGAAAUCCAUCAAUUCUAAUCAGAAGUGAUGGCAACAUUCAGCAGAAAUUAAAGGAAAAAU